AGUACAGAAUAAGCCGAAGCUCGGUAUAAGAGCUGCGAGCGAGGUAGACGUGUGCCGAUCGGCAACCAGGUCAGACGGUGUUUUCUCCUGCUCGGACUGUUGUACUUUUAAGAAAGAUAUCGAGAAUCGUCGACGUGUCAGAGAGAGAGAGAGAGAGAGAGAGAGAGAGAGAGUGAGCUGUCCUCAAGAUGACGCGCUUCAAAGCAGCAACGAUAUUUUUCCUGGCCGUCCUCUGCUCUCCGAUUAAUGGGGAUAUCGACGAUAAAGACGGCGGGGUCUUGACUUACUUGAAAUACGAUCCACUGACGAGACCCUUAAACAUGACUGCCAAAGUGUUCGCGGAGGCUGAGUGCAACGACGGCAUCGUUACCAAGAAGGCUUGCAAGAUGAUUUUCGAAUCGGUACCCAUGAACGGCGCCAAAAGCGGACACGAGUGCAGGAUCGAGUUCGAGACGGAAAAGGAUCACCAGGGCAUCGCUUUCUUACGUCCGCUCGCGACGAUCAACGAGACGGUGAUAAUCUCCUAUCACGACAUCAUCAAGUCCACCAUACAGGGUCCCUUCAUCGAAGAGGGUUUCAGGGUCUACUCGAUCAUCGACAUGCGCACCUGCAAAUUCCACGAUGCGAGGAUCUUCUACAAAUUCACCAGCAGCGAGCAGUUGCUCACUCCCGAGACGCCGAUCCUGACCUACAACGACGGCACCUUCGACGUCUUCGUCAGUGGCAAAGACAUCUGCUCCGGCGGACGCUGCAAGUUGACCUUCAACUUGAAAGGCGAGAGGAUCAAGAGCCCGGUGUCCUAUCUACCGGACGAUUUGGCCACGACCAACGUGAGGAUGUUCCCGCUGACGCAGGCGAGCUCGCCGAGAAACUUCUACGUCACCACCCAAAAUCGCCAGAACAAGACCCACGAGAAGCUGCUGUUCGCCUCGCCGGAUGGCAACGUUCAGGAAGUGAUGAAUUUCGACGUGGAGGGACCACUGCUCAACAUCGACAGCUUCUACGACAAGUUCACCUUUUGCUAUCAGGUCAAGGCCGACGUCUCGAAGGUGAAGUGCCGACAGUACGACUCGGAGAACAAGAAGAAAUUGGAGGUGACACUGAAUCUAGUGGAAAAUGAGCGGCAAAUCAGAGUACACAAUUUGCCCGAAGGUGGAUUUCUACACUUGACCACUCAAUGCGCUCGUUGCGACAAACACAAUGACUACCGUCUCACGAGGAUACAACAGAACGGACAGAUUGGCAAGCCGACUGCAAUUGACAAGUUAAACUGUCCUAAACCACAUAAUCGCCCGGGAGACGUCUCGGAGAUAUUUUUCGGCAAGGACAAUCAAGUCUGCGUGCGCAAGAGCUGCGACGGAUUCGAAUUCCUCGACGUCGUCGCCAAGUGCCUGAAAUUAUGAGUCGACGAGAAUAAAUGUAAAAUGAAUGUACACGUUGUUGAUGUAAUAAUCGCUUCAAUAAACGAAUAUAAUACCAAGGA